UGAAGAUAAAGCAUUUUACUUUAAGAAGAUUCUUUUUUUAUAUUUUUUUUGUGUUUCAAAAUGAUUACUUUAGUGAUGAUUUUGGCAAUUGCCAUAAUUUAUUUAUUUAAAUUAUUACCAAGAAUUAAAAAUUUUGCUCGUAUUUUUAAAUUUGCAAAAACACUUGGAGGACCCAGUCCCAUGGAGUUAAUGGAAAACAUGAAGGAAGGAAAACUUUUAUACUGGCUACGAGAUCUUCGCAAAAAAUAUGGCUCCAGAUAUCGCAUUUGGUUUGGCAAGGAACUUACACUUUUCUUAACCGAACCAGAGGAUGUUAAAUACAUGCUUGGCAGCAAUCAAAUGAUAUACAAAUCUGCAAACUAUAGAAUUGCAGAACCAUGGUUGGGUAAAGGACUUCUAACCAGUGGCGGUGAUUUAUGGCAUAGAAGAAGGAAAAUGUUGACACCAGCUUUUCACUUUAAAAUGUUGGGUGAAUUUAAACAACCGAUGGAAGAAAAUUGUAAAAUUUUUUUGGAAAAACUUGAGGAAAAAGCUAAUGGUGAAGUUUUUGAUAUUUUUCCGCAUAUAACUCUUUUGGCUUUGGAUAUAAUUUGUGAGACUGCCAUGGGCGUGCAAAAAAAUGCUCAACUUGAAAGUACUUCUGAAUAUGUUACUGCUGUACAAAACAUUUGUCGGGUAUUUCAUAGGCAAUGUUAUUCACCAUGGAAAAGAUUUGAUUCCUUGUUUAGGUUUACAAAUGACUACCAAGAACGGAAACGUUGUUUGGGUAUUCUUCAUGGAGAAACUAAGAGGGUUAUUGAUAUGCGUAAAAAAGCACUUAAAGAUGUUGAUGAUGAUGUUGGAAAUAAUAAUGAUAUUGGUAUCAAAAAACGAUUAGCAUUUUUAGAUAUCCUGCUAUUAGCUCAAGCGGACGGAGCUGAUUUGACUGAUGACGAAAUUCGAGAAGAAGUUGAUACUUUUAUGUUUGAAGGUCAUGAUACCGUAAGUUCAGCUCUAGCAUUUGCUAUCUUUUUACUAUCUCAAAAUAAAGAAGAACAACAAAAAGCUUACGAAGAAGCUGUAGCGCUAGAGGGCAAAGAAAAAGAAUCUAUGAAAUAUCUUGAAGCUGUGAUCAAAGAAACACUCCGAUUAUAUCCUUCAGUGCCAUUAUAUGGCAGAAUGAUCCAUGAGGAUUAUUAUAUUGGCGAUCUUCUGGUACCAAGAGGUGUAACUAUAAGUCAUUUGGCUUUCGUGGUGCAUAGAAGUGAAAAACAUUUUCCUGAACCAGAACGAUUCAAUCCUGAGAGAUUUUUGGUUGACGAAAGUAAUAUGCAUCCGUAUUCUUUUAUUGGAUUUAGUGCUGGGCCAAGGAAUUGUAUUGGUCAAAAGUUUGCCAUGUUGGAAUUAAAGGUUACUUUAGCAAAUGUGUUAAGAGCCUAUGAACUUUUGCCUGCGGAAGGCUUUGAACCGAUACUAUUACCCGAGAUAGUUAUCAAAAGUAAAAAUGGAAUUCAAGUGAGACUAAGGAAACGCUGACGAAGAUACAAAAUUGCUAAUGGAACUUUUGGAAAAGCAAAAAUAUGAUUCUCAUGUUUAUUUAAUUUAAUAGUUAAUUUUUAAGAAUAACUUACUUAAAUUUGAAAUAUAAGUAUUUUAGA